AUGCAUGCGCAUGCCACCAACAAAAAACGACAAAAACUUUAUGAAAAACAGCUUCGAUUAUCAAAUGGUAAAUUUGGAUCAAAAAAGCUAAAUGAUAAUCAGGAUAAUGAUGCUUCUGAGUUAGAAGUUUCUGGUUAUUGGGGCGAUAGUGAUGAUAGUGGGUGGGAGAGUGAGAUUAAUUUAGAGAAUGAAAAGAAAAUUCAAUCAAAUUUUAUGAAGAUAAAAUUAG